AUGGACAACCAAAUGGAUGACCAAGAUAUUUGCGGUCUUGCCGCUGCUAUCACUUUGUUGGUGCUGCUGGUUUUGUAUGUGUUCUGUAAAUUGUUCGUCUGUGGUUGCGAAUUUGUUGCUGUGACUCCGUUCAAAAUUGCAAAAUGGAUCUUCAAGACGAUGGCUAUGAAUCCCUACGAAAACUACAAGAAGAAUCGAGGCGGAGAGACAAGUGAAUACAACCCAACGGAUCUUGAAUUAGGCUAUCCUGCUGAAACUCAGAUCCUCGACGAAUCACUGGACACAUUCAACUUGAAUGAUUCAAGCAAUAGAUGA